AUGAAGGUUUCUAACACUUUGAUCCAGGCUUUGGGCCUUUGGUUGUCAGCCAUCGCUGCUGUUGAGGGUCAGGGGUACUCUCGAAACGAGGCGUGCCACCCCCUCCGUCCAUUCCAGCCCCUUCCAGACAGCCCUGCCAGAAACCGCACCUGUCAUGUUGCCAACUAUGGCAAUGGGCGGGACGAUUCAGCUAACGUUGUUGCCGCAUUGAAGAAAUGCAACAACGGAGGAAAGGUUGUCUUCGAUGCCGGCAAGAAUUACACGAUUGGAAAAGCACUUAACAUGACUUCCUUGAAGCACAUCGAUCUCGAGAUCCAAGGCUUUGUCCAAUUCAGCAACGACACCGAUUACUGGCAAGCAAAUGCAUUCAAGCAAAUCUUCCAGAACGCCACUACUUUCUUCCAGAUCGGUGGUGAGGAUGUCAACGUCUACGGUGACGGUACCCUGGAUGGUAACGGUCAGGUCUGGUAUGACUUGUAUGCGGAGGAUGCCCUUAUCCUGCGACCGAUUCUGUUGGGUAUUAUUGGGCUCAAUGGAGGUACCAUUGGACCUCUCAACCUUCGUUACUCGCCUCAGUGGUACCAAUUGGUGGCAAACUCGUCCAACAUCCUGUUUGACGGAAUCAACAUCAGUGGAUACAGCCGCAGUGGGCACUUGGCUAAGAACACCGAUGGAUGGGACCUCUACCGCUCGGACAACAUUGUUAUCCAGAACUCCGUGAUCAACAACGGUGAUGACUGUGUCUCGUUCAAGCCCAAUGUUUCCGAUAUUCUGGUCCAGAACAUUCACUGCAACGGCUCCCACGGUAUCUCCGUUGGCUCUCUGGGCCAGUACCCGGGUGAGGUUGAUCUUGUGGAAAACGUGCUCGUUUACAAUGUUUCCAUGUUCAACGCAUCGGACGGUGCGCGUAUCAAAGCCUGGCCCGGUGCUCUCGCUGCCCUUUCUACCGAUCUCCAGGGUGGCGGCGGAUCAGGCCUGGUAAAGAACAUUACCUUCGACGGCAUGACCAUUGACAAUGUCGACUAUGCCAUCGAAGUUACCCAGUGCUAUGGCCAGCGAAACUUGACUCUCUGCAACGAGACUCCCAGCAAGCUUGUCAUGGAAGAUAUUUACUUCAGGAACUUCAAGGGUGUCACCUCCGGAAAGGGCGAGCCCUAUGUAGGAAAGAUUGUCUGCUCGAGCCCCGAUGUUUGUUCGAACAUCAACGCCAGUAACAUUGACGUCGUUAGCCCUGAUGGGGGUGACCAGUUCACUUGCGCAAAUGUUGAUGAGAAAUCGCUGGAUGUGAAGUGUGUUACUCCUAAAUAA